AUGGCUUCUCGCUUGGUAAACCGGCGCCUGGCCCGCCUGGGCCGCCGCGGUGGUGGCGCCGCUGCGGUGCUGGGCGCUGCGGCCGCAGCUCAGCGUGCUGACAGCGACCCAGGUAACAGCGCACCGGGCCUCGCCAGCCAAAGCUUUGCCUCCUGGAUGGGUGCAGGACGUCAGGAGGAACUCAUUUCCAUGAAGAAAGAGUGGCGAGUUCUGCGCUUCGUUCCCGAGACACGGUCUUCCGAUCUGAUCCAGGCGAUCAACCGGAUCUCUGUUGACACCAAUGGCGAGCAAAGAGAGCACAACCGCAACUGCUUGCUCAUGCCAUACACGAAAUCUUUAGCAAGUUCUGUUCUGACAGCUCUUGAAUUGGUUGGCGCGCCGGUCUGCCAGAGUCAAACUGGGGGCUGUCUUCGGAUCCUAUGCAUUGGUUUUGGGGGCGGGAGCGUUCCCGCCUUCUUGGUCGAAAUGAUUCCGCAUUGCUCGGUAGACGUGGUCGAAUUGGAGCCAACAGUGCUUGAUGCUGCGGAUGCUAUGGGCUUUCAGUCGCAUCCACGGAUCACACUGCACCUGCAAGAUGGCGCAAGCUUUGCGAGCGAGGCCGUGAAGAACAUGGAGGGAACACAAGCAGAUUUCCUUGAGGGCCAAUAUGAUGCAUUAGUCAUCGAUGCGUACGACGUGGACGGCAACGUUCCGUCCGCAUUCACUUCAGCCAAUUCCGAGAUAUCCCUCGCACUUGCCAGGGGUCUCCUUCGUGCUCGCAGCGUGGUGGUGACGAACCUGUUGCCUACCGCGCCCUUGGGCCAAGUUCUGAAGGAUCAAGCCCAGGCACUGUGUUCCCGCGGCGACUGCCUGUCCUUUGGUGUUGAGGCUGAAGGCUCAGGCAACCUCUUGGCCCUCCAUGCGUGUGGGGCCUCUCUGCGAUGGUCCGGCAGUCAGCGACAGCGGUUUCCGCAGUGGUACGAGAUCGGGGUUCGGCCGCCGAUGGAGGAACCUCCACAUCAGCAGCUUCACACAUGUGCCUCUGAGGAUGGUACCUGCGUCAACCACGUGAUGAGCCUGUUCGCUGGCAAUCUGUGGCUUGGUUGCGUGAAUGCCGUAGCUAUGCAGCAAGUCACCGUUGCAGCCUCCGCCUGCUCAUCCAAAGUGCCAAGCCUCGCUAUGGCCAUGGCAGGGAAAGGCCCAGAUUAUGGGACGGGCAAGGGGAAGCGGCCACCCCCUCCGCCAGCCAAGCCUGCGGCCCGGAAACCAGCGGCGGCUAAGACCUGGCCCAAGGUCCAGACGUGGUCGCCUGAAGUGGAGGUGGGUUCCGCCACCGCCAUGGAGAUUGAUACCCACCAGGAGCCAUUCCAGACGAGGCGCUUAGUCUUUGAGGCAAAAAACUGGGCCGAGCGGUUGGACCGCAGGCCUUUCUUGGCCUUUGAUGAGCUGCUGAGUGGGCUGGGCCUCCCAGAGGAAGAAGAACGGCAAGCCUGGCUUCAGAGCCUGCGCGGGUCCUCCAAGGUAGCUGGGUGGACUAAACCUGGCACAGAGGAUAUCGAGGUCAGUGUGGUCCGCUUAUCAGGACAGACACUCCGUUACGACUUGCCACCGACAGAGAAAGUUGAAGCGCUGAAGCAGCGCAUCGAACUGGAGUGCCAAAUACCAACGGAUUGGCAAGUGCUGCUGUUGCAAGGUAAGAACGGUGCAGUGGAGCUUAUGGACGACUCGGAAGUGUCUACAUAUUGCAAUGAGGGGGAGCAGAUCGAGUUGUGCAUGCAAGUCUUCCAUUGUCGGGGCCUUUGCCUCACUGCUGCAGACGGUCCUGGAGAUUAUGGUGCGAUGCUACAGCUCCUAGAGCAGUGUAGCGAUGCGACAGCCAUCUACGUGGGGAUGUUGCAUUUCCAUCGCUUCGGCCUGAGAGAGGUUGCCUUCAAGCUAUUGUUGAAGGGUCUGGGGGAAGCUGAAGCAGCUCUAUUUCUGGCAAGGGCCUUGGCCAGCGGUAAUUUGGAGCUGCAGAGCCAAGCAGCUAUGGCGAUUGCUCGGCGCUUCACCCAAAACUCUACGUUUCCACGCUUGCCUUCAGGAGCCAGUGACUCAGAGGCUUCCCUCUUAAAUGAUCUCUUGGGGCACUUGGCAAGGUGGACCCCGCUGCCCAAGCGGCCAGCACCAAGAGAGAGCAAACAGCUUCAGUUUGUGAAUGAUCCCCUGGUCAUGGCACAGAGAACUUUGGGAUGCUACUUGAAGACUGCUCGACGUCUAAAGCCUGGCUGGAUGUAUCGGACUGUGAUAGAGUGCACAGACCUUUCAGACAGCCUGGCAAGCAUGAAUGCACCCCCGGAGCUUCCGCAAGUUGCUGCUGAGAGGGGCAUUUCAGUGGAUGAGCUCCAGAGGUGCCUAGAAAUCACGUGGGUCAACAAGAGUGGAAUCUUUCUGGGCCUCACAUCAUGCAAGCAGAUGUUCUUGGCAGUCAGCAUACGCAGCGUAGCCCCUUUUCUUCGAGGAGGUCUUGAUGGUGCGCUUGGGGACGCAGAUGAUCCAAAUGAUGCAAGCAUGUGGGCUGCUGUCGCUGAGCUACCGAAGCUUCCAGCGGAACACACCCGUCUGGCUUUGGAGUGUGCUGCGCUGACAGCAGGAUCCGGCCACAGCCGCACCCUGGAGGCAGCAGCAUGGCAGGCGGGACACGAGGACGCCGCAGUCCGCGAGCAGGCCCUGGAGGCGAUCUUGCGGGUGGCGCAGGCCUCUGACCUGGAGAGGAUCCAUGCUCUUCUGGAGACAUGGUGGGCUUCUGAUGUACAUGUGCAGAGAAUUAGACGAGAAGUUGACCAGUUCUUCAAAGAGACGAAGAAGUCGAUCGCAUAG